AUGAUUUCCUUGCUGACAAUCGUAGAAAGUGAGGUCGUUGGUAAUGCUGUCAGUGAAAAGGGUUUGGAAAUCCCUGUUCACGGGAACCUUCGCAGUUGGCUUCUGAAUGAGUACUGUCGCAACCAGUUUGCCCUCCUGGAUAAGGAAGGCGAUGCAUGCUCUAUCUAUUGGCACACAAACAAUGAAGUCAUUCCAGUUGAGCAACGGGAAGACUGGAGCGAGGGCUGGGUAAUGUGGUCCCCACAGGGCACCUACCUCGCUACAAUGCACUCAAAGGGUGUCAUCCUGUGGGGUGGCGACAAAUUUCAACGCGUUGGGCGUUUCGCACACGCCGGGGUUCGAAUGGCAGAUUUUUCGCCGCAGGAGAGAUUCAUGGUGACACUCAGUCCCUGUCCGGGUGGCGAGGAAAAUCCCCAACUGCGAUCCCUGAUGGAGAUCAUCAUAUGGGAUGUUUUGAAGGGCACAGCUUGUCGCCGAUUUACUGCCACCAUCGAGUCCUGGCCGACCUUCAAGUGGUCAAAUGAUGACGCCUAUGCAGCUACCCUACAGGGCGGCAAGAUCUACAUUUAUGAGACGGAGACCUUCCGGACGUUGGACAAGAAACCGCUCACUGCCAACGUUGGCAUCAUUGCUCUGGUGAGCGUGCCUUCGCGAAACGAAUUGUGCACCAAAAACCUCUUCUCUGUGGCCGAAAUCAGUCUGAUCUGGCACCCACAAGGCGACUUUUUGGCCGUACAGGUCCUCCGAUGCAAUAAAAAGAAGGUGGACAGCGAUAACCAGGUCAAGUACAUAGGCACCUUUGUAAACUUUGAAAUCACUGGUUCGGGUGGCGUCACCUCGGUGCCCAUCUAUGAGCUGACAAAGGCGGGCAAAGUGCGUGAAGUCUCCGUUCUCGCACGCGACGGUUCGCGUAUCAAUGAGCUCAGCUGGUCUCCCAAAGGCAACACUUUCGUGAUAGCCAACCUGAAGGGCGCCGACACCAGUAUAGAGUUCAUUGACGCCAACGAGUGUCAGUCCUUGGCCAAGGUUGAACACCCCAUGGCCAGCGAACUGCACUGGGACACUACUGGACGCUACCUGGCCUCCGUUGUGAGCAACUUCACUCAGAAGUCAGACAACGCUGUCUGGUUCUGGAGCGCCAUUGGACGACCGCUGCAUCAGCUGCCUGUCACGGGCCUGCGCCAAUUUGCUUGGCGACCUUUCCCACCCACUCUCCUCUCUGCCGAACAGAUUCAGGCA